CAGCUGCUGCUCGGGCGGGACCCAGGCUGGACCGCGGGCCCCGGCCUGGGGGCCACAGCUGCCACCGCCGCCGCCAUCUCGUCUUCUCCCCGUCCCCGUCCCGCGUCUCUUCGCCUCCCUCGGGCCCGCGGCUGGGGUCCCACCCCGCCUCCCCUCCGCGCUCGGAUGCCGAAGGUGAAGGCGUUGCAAUGCGCCCUGGCGCUGGAGAUCCGCUCUGUAACUUGUCCAGGAGUGGUGCUGAAAGACAAGGAAGACAUCUAUCUUAGCAUCUGUGUGUUUGGCCAAUACAAAAAGACACAAUGCGUCCCUGCCACUUUUCCACUGGUCUUUAAUGCCAGAAUGGUGUUUGAAAAGGUGUUCCCUGAAGCAGUAGACCCUGGAGAUGUGGUUGCACAGCUUGAAUAUGAUACAACAUUGUUUGAGUUGAUUCAACUUGUUCCACCAGUGGGUGAAACACUAUCUACAUAUGAUGAAAACACACGAGAUUUCAUGUUCCCGGGUCCCAACCAGAUUUCUGGACACCAUGAUUCAAACCGCCAGGUUACCAUGAGGAGGAUAUCUGGCCUUCGAGGAAUUGCUCCAAAACUGGAAUUUUCUACAACCUCAGUGAUUACUGAGUGUCUCAUAAGUUCAAGGAAGUGCCGCACUCAGGAUAAAUUUCUUUACCAUACAACUCCAGUUGAAAAAGCAAAUGGCAAACUGCAAAGCAGAUCAAGAUCACAAAAGAAAAAGUCAAAAUCACCUGACAGAAAUAAAUAUUGCCUAAAUGCUAAAAGCUACGAACAGCCUACAAUUUCUUCAAAAUCACACUCUCCAUCUCCCUACACAAAAAGACGCAUGUGUGAGCUCUCCGAAGACACCAGGCGGCGGCUGGCCCAUUUAAAUCUGGGACCCUAUGAGUUCAAAAAAGAAACAGACAAACCUCCAUUUGUGAUUAGACAUGUUGAUCCCCCAAGUCCUAGGACGGAUAAUGUUUUUGGAUCCUCUGUUAGAGACUGUGAAAGAGAUGGUUGGGCCAGGAUGCACCAUGAUCAUGCUCAUCUUGGCUGUUGUCGGUCCAAGGAUUAUAAGGUUAUUAGAACACCCCAUGGGAGAGAAUUUGAUGACUCUCUGGAAAGAUGUGACGACUAUUUGACAAGGUCAUGUGGCAAGCCUGAGCAUGCAGCUAGGACUUUACUAGUUCACUCAGCACCUUCAACAGUACCAAAGCAUCUUUCUACAAGUCCUGUGUUAAAUCGAGCUUCUCUCAGGGAAAGAUUCCAUUCUGAUUGGUGUUCACCUCCAAACUGUGAAGAGAUUCAUGACCGGGACGAGAGAGACCUAGAUAAAGAAGAUGAAUUGGAACUGAAAAGAGGCCUUUUGUAUAGAGACUGUGCCUAUGACAGUGACCCUGAGUAUAGGUAUAAGCUUCAUCAGUGCUGUAUAUAG